GCGACAGGAGAGGAGCCGCAGCAGCCGCCACCUGCCGCAGCCACCUGCCCCGGCCCGGCCCGUGUCACCACAGCGCCUGUCGCCGAGCGAGGCUGCCUUCCAAGAAUUCCUGGUCUCUGUGCAUGUGAGUGUGAAGUGGGCAGGACCCCAAACAACCAACCAUGGAUUUUGUUAUGAAACAAGCUCUAGGAGGGGCUACCAAAGACAUGGGAAAGAUGCUGGGUGGGGAUGAGGAGAAAGACCCAGAUGCUGCUAAGAAAGAAGAGGAACGACAGGAAGCCCUCCGGCAACAAGAGGAAGAGAGGAAAGCCAAAUAUGCCAAGAUGGAGGCUGAAAGAGAAGUUAUGAGACAAGGCAUUCGAGACAAGUAUGGGAUAAAGAAGAAGGAAGAAAAGGAAGCGGAGGCCCAGGCUGCAAUGGAAGCUAAUGCUGAAGGGAGCCUGACUCGCCCAAAGAAGGCGAUCCCUCCUGGCUGUGGGGAUGAGGAGGAGGAAGAAGAAGAGAGCAUCCUAGACACAGUCAUCAAAUACUUACCAGGGCCCCUGCAAGACAUGUUCAAGAAGUAAWGGCUGCAGACUGUUAGAUGGGCAUAAACAGUACUGCAAAGGAUUUCUCUUUUGCCCAAUGGGGAUUUACAAUCUUGCCAUUCAUCACGCAGUCCUCCCCACCUCUGCCCUCUACUGCUCACUAGGAGUCCUUUUGCUUCCCAUUCCCUUCUGACUGCCUCUUUCCCUUUCCUCCACCCCAAGACUCAUCCAUUCCUUUUUUUUGUACAUAGUCACAUCCAGUAGAUGCCUCUGAAUGGAUGUAAAGAUUAAAAAGCUGCAGACUACACAACUUUUAUUAUAAGCCAUAGUACUAUGUGUGUUAAAUAAGACAACUGCACAUCAAGCAUAGAAAAGGAACAAUCUCAUUUCCAUACAAUGCAAGAAGGAGUGUUCACUAAGUAUGAACAGUGGCCUCUUUAAUUUUUUAAAAUUCUCUUAUUUUUAUUAUUGAUAAUAAUUAGUCAUUAUUAUAAUAUUCCUAUUGAUUGGGUCACACAAGCCAUUUUUUGUUGAGCACAUCUGCUCUUGGAAGGGACCUCUCAGUUCUCCCAUGGAAGCAGAGCUUUUCUGUUUUAAUUCCAUUCGUGACAUAAAUAAAAGAUCAUUUUGAAAGUAAAUCAUGCAUGACUUACACAGCUGACAUCACUCAGAACUGUGGAAGAAAUGAGUCAUCUGCCCUCAGAUGCUGUAGAAGUUAAAUGCCUCAGAAUCUAAGCAAGAGUCAUGUUACUUUGGGAAUUAGCCAUACAUUUACCUUGAAUGAGCAAAUUGGUCAGGCACUUGCCAUACAGAGAGCUGAAACCACAGGAGAGAGCAUAAUGCUCUGGUAGAGGACCUCCCCAACCCCUCUGAAGCCAAUGACCAAGUGCAUUUGCUGCUCUGUUUAACUAAUCUUCCUCUUUCUGCCACAUUCAACCAUCCCAUUCUCAGCAGCGCUUGUGGGUUGGAUAUUUGGGUUCCAGCAUAUUGUCGUGGCUGUGUCCUGCCCACCCCUUCCUGCAGUGUGUGGGAGUGUGUGGCGGCCUGAUUAGUCAUGACAGAUCCAUAAAUAUCCAUGAUAUUUAUCGUGCUAAAUUGCCUCCCCAUUGCCUUGGGGAUGUCGCUUAUUUUCUGCCCCAAUGAGCUUCUACACCUGUAAAGUGUAAGUUUCAGUCUCCACCAACUGAGGUAAAGGCAUGAAGAGAGGAUGCUUGUCUGGUGCUGUGUUGGAGAUAAUUAAUAUUACAGCAGUGUGCGGUAACCCUUGAUGCUAGCAGGAUGGGAGAAUUUUUUUUUCACUARUAACUUUGUUGCCUUUUGCAGACACAGGCAUAGAGGUCUUCUCAAUAAAACACUGUAGAUAUCAUGUAUUUGCGUAAGAAAAUCCAUGUUCUAUGGGAGAUGUUGACUUGCUAACAUAUCCAUAGAUUCAAUACAUAAAUAGACCUAUUUUGAACACAGAUCCUCAUGAUCAGGUAUCUGGCUUGUAGUCUGAAGAGCAAAUCCUGAAACAUUGCAUCUGGCUAYGUCUCUGUAGUCGAUGCUGUGAGAACAUCUUGCCAUCUCAGUCUUACAAUCUUGUCAGGAGAAGCAGGGUUUGUCUGGCAGAACUAGCAUGGCUUGUCCCUAUCCUGGGAACAACAAAAGUUUCUAAGGUCAUGGACAAGAUGCCAAAGCAAAAGCUCUCUUUCUGCUGGCAACAAAAAGGAUGAUAAUCUUAGACACUUCUUUAUGUACCUAAAUUAAGCAUUUUACUUCUGUAUCUUCCUGAAUAAGAAAUUUUAAAAGACAUUUAUCACCUUUCCAGGUAGGCAGAAGAAAUCUGUACCAUGGGUAAGGAACUGAACAUGACAGCUCUGUAUCCUCUAGUAGCCUCUGUCAUAAUAGGGAAAAAAUAUUUGGAAGAAGUUAAAUAUAGUAAUGCCUGCCUCACAAAACUUUUAUUCGGGUAUUAGUCCUCACUUCUUCUCAAAUAAUUUCAAACAUGAAUUUAUGUUGAAUCCAAAGUGGAGACUGAAAAGGUUUGACUGAUCUGCAGGUCAGAAACAGUUGAUAAAGAUGCAACUUGUUUCAGGCUGGAUCUAUGAACAAGACUUGUUUGUUCAAGUACAAGCUGCCAAGGGCUACCAAAAGGGUAGCCAAAGGGAAGAGAAGGCAGGUUUUACUUGCUUGGAUAAUGUCAAUGGGAUUUUCCCCCACUAAUUUUCAUUUCAUGAAAGAUGAGUGUCUCCCUCCUGAGACUUUUACUGACCCAGAACAUUUUAUUAAUCAGUGCUUGAGUAUAUUAUGGAACGAUUUACCUUUUUCUAGGAAUAGUGUUCUUCUCACUCCAUGCAAAUUCAGCAGCUAGUAAUUUGAGCCUAUUUAAGUAAAUCUCAAAGAAUUGAAAACUCCCUUUCUGUCAUGAAGGCAGCAGCUCAAUUUGCUCUUGAGAGAGCAUCCAACAUCCCUGACACCAACAAGGCAAAGGCUGACUCUUUGCUUCAGCCACUCAUUGGUAGCUAAAUCUCCUAAAACAGAUCACUGGCAUUCAAACAUCAAUACUUUUGAAAUGCCCUGUUUAAUCUCUGUGGCCUGCAUCCUCUAAUACAUAAGUAGAACCAGCAGAAAUGUGCCUGUGUUAAAAUGAACAUAUCCAUUAAUAUAUCCCCGUGGCCUUGUGCUGGAGAAUUCUGCAAACAAACAAAUGAGAGGACAAGCUUAUUCCACCUUACUCUGGCUUUUCUCUACCACUUGCUUGCUGACCUUUCCCUAACCCCCUCACUGACUCCAUUGCUCAUCCAGCCAAAAUCUGUUCCUGAUGUAAGAUCAGAAUUUUCUGCCUCGCAUCCUCCUUGCAGAAUGUUAGUGCUGAUUGUUUUCAUAGUCUCUCUAGCAGCUUGAUGUGCAUGUUUGUGCACACAUCUGUGGAAGGUGAGGAAAUUGGAGAAGAAAGGGAGAAGAGAGAGAAAGGAAGACUGUUUAGUACUAUUUUAGAUAACUGUGCCUCAGAAGCUGUGGCAUUAAAUGACUGAUCUAAGUCAGGAUCUUGUGUAGCCUGUGAUCAAGUUUCUUAAGUAGGUACUGCUGUCUCUGAGCUAAGAGCAUUAAAAAUACUGCCCUUCUGAGCUGAGCUGAGCUCCUGAGCUGUGUGAACAUUUGGAUUGGACUCCUGAAGAGUGCCAUAGGAUCUCUGUGCUGAGUCUGGUGGCUCACAAAGCAGAAGGGAAAGGGGAGGUGGUUUAUUAAAUAGUGCUUGCUGAGUCUUUUCCAUUGUGGGAGCUUCCCAGCUCAGCCGUCUCAUCACCUUUGUAUCUCAGCUCACCACACCUGCAGCAGCUCUUCAUCACUGACAGCAGAGAGUUCAUCCAGGUGUGAGCUGGUAGUUCCCAUUUUCCUUUUCUUGCCAUAAGAAACACGACAGAAGAUCUACCACAGGUACUGGAUAUGUUUUGCUUGGUUUUGCCUCACGUAACUUUUGGCAGGUUACAUGAGUAGCGGUCCUCUCCUGAAGUCAUUCCACUGUCCCAAAGUGCCUAAGCCAUGCUGAACAGACUCGAGAGCAAGGCACUCUCCCUUCUCUUCCACCCAUUGAUUUUCCUUCCCACUCAGAACGGGCAGCAAGGGACGCAGACACCUUGGCUCAUGUAUGGAAGUCAGAACCAUUGUCUCACACAUUUUUCCCCUUGGCACUCAAGCAGGUGAUGAAGCACUUAAACAAGAGACCAAAGAGAAGCAUGGUUCAUUGUUUGGAUUCUGAACAUCUUUUUGUCUUUUAUGACAUUGUUUUCUUUGCAUCACUGGUCUGUUCAAUCUCAGGUAAAUGAGGUAUUUUAGUUUUAUAACUAGUUUUUAUUUACACAGAAAGGUUGUUGGCUAGACACUGCAGUCAUUUUCCCUCACAGCUCCAAGACCUUACUGGUUAGUAAAAAAAAGUAGUCAAAGGGCCUUCACAUUUGGAGGGUAAAUGAUUUAGUUUGCCAUUGACCUUGUGAACUCACAUUUAUAUGUAGAGAAAGCCAUAUGAAAUCAGACUGCAAUAUUGAUUAUCAAUGCUACUCUUGUGUUUAAAAUGAAUAAAACAAAAUAUAAGACCAUGCGCUAAAUCACUUUGGAGUUCCUCUGUCUAUGUUUCUAACAUCAUACAUUGACUUAGAUCCCUCCCAGCCCCUCUUCUUCAUCAAGAAAGACCAUACCAGUGCUGCUGAAUACAUCUUUUGGCCAAGCUUUUUGUGCUAGAACAAGCAUUGUUAGAAAUUAGCUGUUGUGAWUUAAAUGUAAUGUCUUAUGUAUUUGAGAGUUGUCUGUAUCUGUUCUGAAUAUAUGUUAUCAAGAUAACUGUUUCUUCAUGCACUGAGUUAGUAAAAUGUUUCAGUACUGUCAUUAAAAAAAUUGCCUGUUUUCUCUCUUUCUCUUUCACACACACAGAGCAAAAUUAAACUUAGCCAUGCAUUUUCUAGUAGAAAUGCUCCCCAGCUUUCUUUCAGAUGCAUGCAGUACUUGAGGAUGAUUUAAAGUAGAGACAUUGUGAAUGUGAUUUUAAUUUGUUAUUUUCCUGGUAAUUUUUCCUGCAUGAUGUGGGUAAAUGGUAUGAUGUUCUUUUAAAAUGGAAUCACAGCCAAUAAAAACCCCAGUGAUUUCAUAAAUUGUUUGCAAUGCUUUCCUGUGAAAUUCCUACCAGGUUACACCCAGAAAUCAAAGUAUGGUUGCUCAUAUACAACUGGAAUGGUACUAGAAUUCAGGAGCAACAUGGAUGUUAUUUGAAUAAAUAUGCUCAUU